ACGGGAGUUGAUUGGCUGCUGUCGCCGACGCCGACCGCCGGCGUUGCGGUCCGGCGCGGGGCAGUGCAGCCCAGCAGGUCAUGGUGCACGGCCACAGGCUGUUCUGCCGCCGGAGCCUCGCCGCGCUGGGAGUCGCCUGCGCGCGCCGCGGCCUUGGCCCAGCCCUGCUGGGAACCCUCCUGUGUCACACAGGUUUAAGGAAGAGUGUGACUGUGGAACAGAACGCCAUGAAGGUCGAGCUCCUGCCUGCCCUGACGGACAACUACAUGUACCUGAUCAUCGACAAGGACACCCGGGAGGCUGCCAUUGUGGACCCGGUGCAGCCCCAGAAGGUGGUAGAAACCGUGAGGAAACUCGGUGUGAAGCUGACCACGGUGCUCACCACACACCACCACUGGGACCAUGCUGGAGGGAAUGAGAAGCUGGUCAAGCUGGAGCCUGGGCUGAAGGUGUAUGGGGGUGAUGACCGGAUCGGGGCCCUGACUCACAAAGUCACGCACCUGUUCACUCUGCAGGUGGGGUCUCUGCAUGUUAAAUGCCUGUCGACCCCAUGCCAUACCUCAGGACACAUUUGUUACUUUGUGAGCAAACCUGGUGGUCCGGAUCCCCCUGCUGUGUUUACAGGCGACACCCUGUUUGUGGCCGGCUGUGGGAAGUUCUACGAAGGGACCGCAGACGAGAUGUACAAGGCGCUGCUGGAGGUCUUGGGCCGGCUCCCUCCAGACACAAGAGUCUACUGCGGCCACGAGUACACCAUCAGCAACCUCAAGUUUGCGCGUCACGUGGAGCCCAGCAACACCAGCGUCCAGGAGAAGCUGGCCUGGGCCAAGGAGAAAUACGCCAUCGGGGAGCCCACAGUGCCAUCCACGCUCGCCGAGGAGUUCACCUACAACCCCUUCAUGAGAGUGAGGGAGAAGACGGUGCAGCAGCACGCAGGCGAGUCGGACCCCGUGGCCACCAUGCGCAGCAUCCGCAGGGAGAAGGACCAGUUCAAGGUGCCCUCGGACUGAGGCGCCAGCCCUGGCACAGCUGGCACGGGUCUUAGAGCCUGACUGCAGUGCCGGGCGUCGGGCUUGCCAGGUGGCGUCACCGGAUGUUCUAAUGCAUAUUUAUAAGAGAAAAAGCUGAGUAUUUAUUCCCACACCUCUGCUGGUGGACUCUACACUUCCUCUGGCCCUCACGUGUGGCUCUCUCCAGCUGGUGGCCACACGACGCCCGGCCAGAGCCGGCCCCACUGUGCUCCUGGCUCUGCAUGGAGGGUGCACGGUCCAGCCCUUCCUCCCCGGUCCUGGCCUCCUGCCGGCCUGCCUACAGCAGACCCCGUCCCUGCCUGGACGGGCAGCGGUGCUGCAGAACCAGGUGCACAGCCAGCCUCUGCCCCGUCCUGGUUCUCAGCACUCGUGGGCAGCAGCCUGCCCGUCCUGCCAGGGCAACUCCAUGGUUUGCCUAGGGCCUUUGGAGCUCCGAGCUCCCCCGGCCGCCCUCAGGGUGGCGAGGUGCCUGCCCUGUCCCGGCAGUAAGCAGGCGUCCUCGCUGCAGCCUCGGCUGAGCCCGUGACCAUCCCCACCCACAGGGCCCCUGCUGGCCGUCUGACACGCACUGCCCUUCCUCUCGGAGGCUGGGUCCUCUGUCCCCCAGCAUCUCCCCUGGCGGAGAGCACUCGGUCUGGCGGUCCUGAGAAGUCACGUGGCCUGCCAGACGCUGGCUCUGGUGGCCUGACUCCCGUCCUGGGUGGUGGGUGGGGGUCUGGGAGGAGAGGGAGCUGCGGCCCGACCUGAGGAAGAUGGGAGGAGGACGUGGGCGAUGCAGGAGACCUGGCAUGGAGAAGGGGAGCCAGGCGCCUGUGGGCAGGCGUGCUGCUCACCCUGGCGUCUGCGCUGCCCUCGUGGUGUGGCCGUGCUGGUCUGCCACCCGAGUCCGCCGAGGGCCGCGUCUCUCCGCAGCUGCUGCGAGGCCAGACGCCAGGAGGUUUCUCAGGUCGCCCAAGGUGACGGUCAGUUCCUUCGGCGAGGUCUUACAGCUGGAGCCCCAGCCCCACCUGUCUGCACCCACAGCUGCUUGCAGGGACCCUGCAGGUGGCACCUCUGGGCCCGAGUGCAGAUGGGCUUCUCUGAGCACUGGUCUCUAGUGGCAGCACUAGUCAACUGCCAGGGCGCCGGGGCGGUGGCCCUGCCGCUGUCUGCUUCGCCUGCUGGGCGCCAGACGUGCCGCGCGGUGGCUGGCGCACACGGCCGAGGCCUUCCUCCGCCGCCUGCCCUGGGGAGGGUCUCCCUAGGCUCAAGAGCGCUAGCGGAGCUGCUGCCCCGCGGAGUGGGCCUCCCUGCUGGGACGUGGCUUCUGCUGCUCUGGGCGGGGUGGUGUCUGCGUGGUGCUCGCCGGGUGCUCCGUGCCUGCCGGGCGCCCCUCACUCACGAGCGCCUGCUGUCUUGCUACUUGUCCUGCGUGUUCCUCGGUUAUGCGGACUUGGAGUUAACGGUGUGACUGGUGUCCUGCUGUCUAGUGGAGUGGACGCUCUUCACCUACUGGGUCAGGCGUGACUUCUUUAUCUGUGGUAAAUGUGUGUCCUGCUUAGUGGACGCCUCCCACCCCAGUAACCCUCCGUGGAGAAGGCUGAAGGUUUUUGUUUUGCUUUUCACAUUCAGGGUUAAGAUUCAUGGGACUCGGGUGAAUCCCCGGGCCUGUAAUCCCAGUGACUCAGGAGGCUGAGGCGGGGAGGAUUUCAAGUUCAAGGCCAGCCUCAGCAACUUAGUGGAACCCAUCUCAACAUAAAAAAUAAAAAGGGCUGGGGGUGUAACUUGGUGCUAAAGCACCACUGGGUUCAGUUCCUAGUGACAAAAAGCAAAAAUGACAUGAAAUGCCUCUCAUGCCCACAGGGGAUGGGUACCCGCCCACCCAUGCCGCCAGCCUGUGUUGUGGGGGCCUCACGUGCCCGCUCUGGUUGUCCUGUGUAGUGCCACACUCCCCUGGCACUGCGGCUUGGCAUCAGUCCUCAUCACCGGGGGGGACGCUGGCGCACCUCGGCCUGGCGGGGUCUUGGGCGUUGUGGCUCUGCUGUCACUGAGCGUUGGGACCAGGACUAAAGUACCCGGCUCAGGCCAGAAGGGGAGCUCUGGGCCUCACUAGUGGGCUAGCAGACACCUGAGUGCUGGUGACGUGGGGACGCCACAGGCGCUGGGCACUUGGCAGUGACCACACAAGAGCCGCUGUGUGGCGAGAACCUCUGCUCCGCUGGAGGGAGGAGAGGAGUAGCGCUACAGAGCCGGAACGGAAGUGCUGUGGUCCCGGGAGGUGACCUCGGCCCUCAGGGCUUUGUCAUUUACGAGCCUCUGGCUCAACCCCAAUUGCUCACCAGAAAAAGAGCCAGGGAGGAGAGGCAGCUGAACAGUCCAUUCAGGGGGCCAGGUCUAGCAAGGCAGCACCCGUGGCCGGGAAGGGUGGAGGUGACAGCGGCUGGAUUCCACAGAGGAUCCCCGACCAGCCUGACAUCCUCCGUGAGAAAGCCGCAGUCCUGCGCCCGCGUCCUCCCGAGUUCCGAGGGCCCUGGGAGCCCCUGAGUUUGCAGCCAGGUGGCCAGUGCAGGUGGCCUGGGGCCUCACACUUGUGGCUGGUGUCUGAGGUGAGGGCAGACUGUGCCCUCAGCCUGGCGAGGGGAGGUGCCAGAAGCUGCAGCUGAGGGGACUUCCCACACUGUAGAGAACCAGGCGUCCCUGGAGAAGCGCCCUUCAGGGAGGGAAUCACAAAACUCGAUGAAAAGGCAUCUCUUGGAUAAAAAAAAAAAAAAUCACUUGGAUUUUAGUGCAGGGGUUGAACCCAAGAGUGCUCUUUCAUGGAACUGCAUCCCCAGACCUUAUUUGCUGAGGCUGGCCUCAAACUUCUGAUUCUCCUGCCUCAGCCUCUGGAGCAGCUGGGUUUAUAAGCUUGUGUCACUGUGCCCAGCACAACUACCUGUUGAAGCUGCACAGUGAGGGACUGAGGUGUGGUCCAUCAGGGAGGUGCGGGUCCAGAAGCCUGAGGCCCCCCAGGAGGAAAGGUCAGAGGCACUUGCACACUUAGCGUUGCUCACCUACCCCUCUAGUGGUUGGAAGCUGUCAAACCAGGGAAGUGGGGAUUCUGGGAAGCAGGCUUCCCCAGAGGCUGGGCAGGAGUCAGAACCUGGAGGAUCCAGCAGAGAGCCUGGCCUCGGCGAUGGCAUGGAGGUCGCCACUGUCCCCACAGUCCCUCCCUCAGCAGCCUGGGGUUCAGAUGAAGGGGUCACCUCUGCAGACCUACACACUCCUGGGGAGUGCGCUGGCAGCAGAGGCAGGACACCCCUUCCCCGCCCCCGUCACCCUCGCCAGCUCAGAGUUUAUUGCCGCUGGGUGUGGUGGUGUGCACCUGUGAUCCCAGCAGCUUGGGAGGCUGAGGCAGGAGGAUCACAAGUUUGAGGCCAGACUGGGCAACUUGGCCAUUUCAAAAUUAAAAGUUCUGGGGGUGUGGCUCAGUGCUACAGCACCCCGAGUUCAAACCCCAGAAGCACAUACAAGUGUGUUCUGUUCUCUGACCCCAGCAGAACUAGAGAUCUGCAACAGAAAAUCCAGAAAAAUACCAAAUGUUUGGAAAUUAAAAUGUUUCUAAAUAGCAUAUGGUCAAAGACAGAAAACGAAGCGCGGCUAACCAGCGGGCAGAGGGAGUUUACAGCCCUGCACACUGACUUGAGCCAAGAAAGAAGUUCUCAGACAGGAAAUAGAGGCUGCACUUCAAGAAACUAGAAGAUAAGCCCAAGGGAAUCAGAAGAGAGGAGUAAAUUAGUAAAUAGAAAACAGAAAAGUGGCAAACCCUUGGCUAGAUGGCUGACAAAACUAGAGAAGACAGGAAUUUCCAAAAUCGCGAGUGAGAAAGGAGAAAUCACUAGCUGAUCCUGCAGAAGUUAACAGGGUUUAUGAGGGAAUGAGAGGAGAACUCUAAGUAAAUUAGGUGAAGUGGGCAAGUUCUUAGCACAAAUUAGAUUGACCAAAGGUGGGGGAAACCCAGCCAGCGUGGUGCUGUGGGCUUGUACUUGGGAGGCUGAGGCGGGAGGCUCGCUUGAGCCCAGGAGUUUGAGGCCAGUUUGGGCAACUCAGCGAGACCCUGUCUUUUGAGGAAGACAAAAACAUCUGAAUAUAUCUACACCAAGAACCUGAAUUAGGAAGUCCUAACCCUGGCUACAAAGAGCCCAGCCCCCAGAGCCUUGCUGUGGCGUCCUGUGGAGACCACCAGUCAUUCAUAGGCUUUUCCAGGACACAAAGGAGGGAACAGCCCGCCUCCCCUUACCAGGCUGACAUCACACCUGGUACCAAACCCGGAGAAACCAGGAGAAUCUGCGUCCGUGGCCUGCGGCAUUCCUGAGCAUGCGGUCCCUCCUGCCCUCUGCAGCGCAGCACAGCGGCCGGGUCCUGGCCUUCCUCUCACCACUGCCUUCUGCCUCUUGCUUCCCAGGCCAGCACUGGGCUCACCGGACAGCCCCUGACACUUGUCAAGGUCUGGGGACUGCGGUCUCAAUCCCCGUCUGCUGUGGGACCUCACGUGGCCAUAGGCUCUAGAGACCAGGGCGUGGACAUCACUGGUGGGAAGCGUUCCCAGAAAGCACAGGGCCUCACUGUGGUCGACAGGAAUGAGACCAGGACCACGCUCUGCCCUGGAGGCGCACGGGAGGACAGGGGGCAACACCCUGCAGGAGGGGAGGGCCGGGUGAGCACCCCUACACUGACCCUGCCCAUAGCAAGGCCGGACCCAGGUCCAGCAGAGGCAAAGACUGGUCCACGUGUUUACGAAACCCCACAUCAUGUAUGAGAAUGGAUCAUUAGAGUUGCACUCCAUGUAUGUCUAACGUGUCACGACGUACACUACUGGCGUGUGUCUCUACAGAACAACUUGUAAAAGACUGAUUCACUUUGUUCAGGCUGGGUUGUGGCUCAGCGGCUGAGCGCUCAUCUCGCAUGUGUGAGACAAUGGGUUCAAUCCUCAGCACCACGUAAAAAUAAAGGUAUUGUGUCCAUCUA